GCUACCGGCGGAAGGCGCCGAGCCCCGGCCAUGGCGCGGCGUGUCGUGAAGGGGCUGCUGCUGCUGGAGGCGGCGGGGCUGCUCGGCGCCCUGCUGCUCUACCGCGCCAUGGACCGCAGCCAAGAUUUCAGAUACACAAUGCAGAAGAGGUUUCCAUCAAUUCUGGAAGUUUAUUACCAAUCCAACGAGUGGUCUGGAAUUCAUGGCAUAAGAGAGAAUGACCAAAUGACAUGGUUAAGCAGCAAGAACUGAACCCUCUGUGCCUGAACUGUUUCUUCCUCUUGAUGAUGCUUUUCACGUCCCUGUUGUGAAGCCACUUGUCACGCUCUAUUUCCCACUGGAUCUGUUUGACAUCUGUAGGAGAGAAAGUGAGAAAUAAGGAGCUGAUGGAUACCUCUUACCAAGAUGUGGCAUACAGAUAAAUCAUGUAGAAGUUAAUACUUGGCUACUGUAUUUAUAAACGUUUAAAUAAAGUGCAAGUGAACUUUUUUUUUUUUUUGAGAAAA